AUGGCUUGGAACAACGCGUCGAUUAGACCUCCUGGGACCUCGGCUGCCCCGCCUGUAGCAGGAACCUCGACGGCUCCCCCAGCACAGGAGAACGUCAAUACCGUCGCAGCAAUUUUUGAUCCGAACGACACCGCCAGUCCCUAUUUCUUGCAUCCGAAUGAGAAUCCUCCAUUGAUUCUUGUCUCAAACGUUCUAAGUGGCCGGAAUUACCAUCCUUGGGCCAGAGCAAUGGAGAUGGCAUUGCUGUCCAAGAACAAAUUAGGGUUUGUGGAUGGCACAAUUCCCAUUCCCAACAUAGGUGAAGUAAAAUACCCUUAUUGGAGAAGAUGCAAUAAUAUGGUGGCAACUUGGAUCAUGAGAGCCAUUUCCCCAGAGAUAGCGUCAACACUCCUUUGGGUUGGAUCAGCUGAACGUAUAUGGAGCACACUGAGAGCCAGGUUCAACGAAGCAGAUAUUUUCAGAAUUUCAAACCUACUUGCUGAGAUUCACCAGAUCAGACAUGGUGACUUAACUGUGAGCGGUUAUUUUGCAAAAUUGGAAAAUCUCUGGGAUGAACUUCAAGUCAUUAGGCCCUUGCCUACAUGCAAGUGUGAUAGAAUGUGUGAUUGCGGAUUGUUGGAGACUUUGCAACAACACCUAGAAAAUGACAACCUCUCAGUUUUCUUAAGAGGUCUCAAUGAGACUUAUGCAUCUGUCCAGUCUCAGAUCAUGAUGACAAAACCUCUUCCUACUGUUGAUGAGGCCUUUAUGAUUGUUCAACAGCAAGAAAGAAGGUUCAAUAAUGGGGUAACAGGAAUGCAAACUCAAGAAGCAGGCAGAGUUCUACAUACACAGGGCAAUGGAGCAGGCUUCAAGAAGUUCCAUUCCAAUAGCAACAAGAAACCUGUCUGCACUUACUGUGGCUUUACUGGACAUAUAGGAGAGAAAUGUUACAAGAAGAAUGGUUAUCCACCUGGGUGGAAACCAAGACAGAAGGUUGUUGGUUCUGUUAAUCAAGUUGCAACCAACACCAAUGAGCAGGUUUUAAGUGAGGACACGGGAUCUAACAAUACUGGUUCUGUUACUUUAAGCCUAGAUGAUUACAGAUUGAUCAAACAACUUUUGCAUAGGAAUAGCAUAAUUCACCAAUCACCCUUGAGUGUGACUGAAGGAAUACCCCAGGCCAACCUGAUUGCUGCCAAUUUUGCUCCCAAUUCCCAACUUGAAGGUAUUCACUCUGACCUCUCUUCUGAAAAUCAAGCUGCUUGGAUAUUAGAUAGUGGGGCUACCCAUCAUGUUGUAUGUCAUCAUAGCAUGUUAACUAAUGCAAAAGAGAUCCAAGGUAUGUUUUUUGAACUACCUAAUGGAGGCAAAGCUGAUAUUACACACAUAGGAUCUAUUUGUGCUGAUGGUCUGGUUCUGCAAAAUGUAUUAUGUGUGCCUGCUUUCCAUUACAAUCUAAUCUCUGACAGUGAACUAAUUAAGACCUCCAAAUGCAAAGUGUUGUUGUAUUCUGACUGGUGCAUUAUACAGGAUCAGGAAUGUGGGGAGGUGAUUCGCUUGGCUAACUUGCAAAGAGGGUUGUAUUACCUUGUAAAACCCACUCUUCCUGUUUCUAAUAAAGUAGUACAGGCUAGAGUCAACUUCUGUAAUUCUGCCAAUGCUUGGCAUGCUAGAUUAGGGCACUGCUCUUAUGAAAAACUGAAACAAAUACCUUCUUUGUUGAAUGUAAAUUUGAAAGUGAAUAAAGAUGAUGUUUGA